GAAAAGUUAAAGGGGUGAGGGAGAAGUCCUGAGUGGCAGCGAGCGACUGUUGCUCCGGGCUGGGAAGGAGUUUGAGCUGUGUUGGGAUGGAGUAUCCGGGCUUAGCGCUCUAUCAACACCAGCGUGUAUCACCGAGAAGAUAAUUUUGAAGACAUACUUUGCUGAGAAGACAACUGCGAAGAGUUGUCCGAAUGGGAUGAACACGCCUCAGGUGACUGUCUAUCCGCGGAAGUCUGAAUGCUAACGUUGCUCAUCGGGUACUGUUACCUAGUGAUGCACCUACUCCUACAGUACCCCAUUUCAUUGUGCUCGUCUUGAUUAAAGAAUUCAAAGUGGAGUACCGCAAACUUGAUAUGGAUAGUAAAAAGAAAGACAAGGACAAAUCAGAUGAUAGAAUGGCACGACCCAGUGGUCGAUCAGGGCACGGCACUCGAGGAACUGGGUCUUCGUCAUCUGGAGUUUUAAUGGUUGGACCUAACUUUAGAGUUGGGAAAAAAAUUGGAUGUGGCAAUUUUGGAGAAUUACGAUUAGGUAAAAAUUUAUACACAAAUGAAUAUGUGGCGAUUAAACUGGAGCCCAUGAAAUCCAGAGCACCACAGCUGCAUUUGGAAUACAGAUUCUAUAAGCAGUUAGGAUCUGGAGAUGGUAUACCUCAAGUUUACUAUUUUGGCCCUUGUGGUAAAUACAACGCUAUGGUGCUGGAACUGCUGGGACCUAGUUUGGAAGAUUUGUUUGACCUAUGUGAUAGAACAUUUUCUCUUAAAACAGUUCUUAUGAUAGCUAUACAACUGAUUUCUCGCAUGGAGUAUGUCCACUCAAAGAACUUGAUAUACAGAGACGUGAAACCCGAGAACUUCUUAAUAGGAAGACCAGGAAACAAAACCCAGCAAGUCAUUCAUAUCAUAGAUUUUGGUUUGGCAAAGGAAUAUAUUGAUCCAGAGACAAAGAAACAUAUACCAUACAGAGAACACAAAAGCCUUACAGGAACAGCUAGAUACAUGAGCAUAAACACACAUCUAGGAAAAGAGCAGAGUAGAAGAGAUGAUUUAGAAGCUUUAGGCCAUAUGUUCAUGUACUUCCUGAGAGGCAGUCUUCCUUGGCAAGGCUUAAAGGCUGAUACAUUAAAAGAGAGGUAUCAGAAAAUUGGAGACACGAAACGAGCCACACCAAUAGAAGUGUUGUGUGAAAACUUUCCAGAAGAAAUGGCAACAUAUCUUCGAUAUGUACGAAGGCUAGAUUUUUUUGAAAAGCCAGACUAUGAUUACCUAAGAAAGCUUUUUACCGACUUGUUUGAUCGCAAAGGAUAUAUGUUUGAUUAUGAAUACGACUGGAUUGGUAAACAGUUGCCUACUCCGGUGGGUGCAGUUCAGCAAGACCCUGCUCUGUCAUCGAGCAGAGAAGCACACCAGCACAGGGAUAAGAUGCAGCAGUCUAAAAACCAGUCGGCAGACCACAGGGCAGCUUGGGACUCCCAGCAGGCAAAUCCCCACCAUUUGAGAGCUCACCUUGCAGCAGACAGACAUGGUGGCUCGGUCCAGGUUGUAAGUUCUACAAAUGGAGAGUUAAACACAGAUGACCCCACGGCAGGACGAUCAAAUGCGCCCAUCACAGCCCCUACAGAAGUAGAAGUGAUGGAUGAAACCAACUGCCAGAAAGUAUUGAAUAUGUGGUGCUGCUGUUUUUUCAAACGAAGGAAAAGGAAAACCAUACAACGUCACAAAUGACUGGACACAGACAGAUCCUGGGGAGUUACUUACAUGUUCAUAUGCUGUCUCGUGAUUAAAAUCAUCUCUGUAGUGACCACAUAUAUUUUCAAGGACUCACUCUUGAAACAAAAAUGUCAUACUUUCAUAUUUCAUUUUGUGGUUUGUCUUACAUUCAUUUCCGCUCCUAAUUUAACUUUAUGGAAGCUUUAAAAUUUUGUCAAAAUGUGAGUGCUUUGCCCAUCAUUGAAUGGAAUGGACCAAUGAAGUGGUAUUGAUGAACACAGUUCCAGAGGACAUUUUCUAGAAGCUCUUCUGUUAUAGAAAACGAUACAGGUGUCCAAGUGUCAAUUAAUUGCAUCUAAUUUGAUUUUUUUAUGUCUUCUAUAAAAGCAUAAUCAAACAAGAAUUUUCUUCCCAAUGGAUAGUGCAGCAGAGAAAACAGUUGCCCAAAUAUUAAAAACAACUUUCUUGAAAAGUU